UUAAGCCCAGAAUGGGAAGAAUUGCAAUCCAGUCUUCUUUUUUUUUCUUUUCCGUUGUUGUUCUUGUUCUAUUGAAUUCGUUCCCGUUGCUCGUGUUCCAAGGAUGAGUUACGCGCAAGAGAAACUCACCGUUGUUGGCACGCCGUGCACGGUGGCCGUCAUGGACGUCGCCAACACUGUGCUCCUCCUCGAAAACCAGACGGGCACUACCAUUCAAGCCAAAACCGGCAGUGCUGAAAGCGAGCUGAGGACUUUCUUGUCAAUCUAUCCGGGCGCUGGUCAGCAGCCGAGUCCCGGCGAAUCUCGCUUGACCAUCCAGUGGGGUUCGGGAGAUUACCUGUCCAAUUCUGUCGGAAAUUUGAACAGCAUCCAGAUGAACAUCAGAGACAACUCUGGCACCGUGGACUACUUUGCGAGCAUUGGCAGCGGCUACUGGUGGAAGGAAGGAGAUGAUCACUCUUACUCGUUCGACCAAGCCCGAGCCUCAGGCAUUGUCUUUCGCACUCGCCACACGUUGCCUCACGAUUCGGAGCCCCACUCCGAUGACCAAUGGCAUUGCAAGGACGUUCUGACCAUCUUCCCCUAUGUCAACAACUCUGUGGUCGCCCACGCAAUGGGAACGUACAAGGGCAAGUGCGACUUUGGUGUGGACGACCAGAACGACUUGCGCCAGUUUCAGUUCAUUCAGUUCGGCAAUGUGCCCAGCUACCCGAGCACAACUGAACAGCUUCCGUGGAAUGAGAUCGAAAAGGACAAUUCCCUGUAUCCGGUUGCCCUUGACGGCGUGUACAUCAAGGACAAUGUGAUUGUGCCAGCACUGAGCGGCAACUCGAGCGAGUACAUGGCCUUCACGUGGUGGAUGGACAACAUGAGUCCCUUUAUCACGACGGGUGCUUCCACUGUCAAUUACGCCAGUGGCUGUCUGGACUGCCCUUACGCGUGCGUCACUGUGAUGUCGUGUUCCGAUGAAGACACGUUCGGUCGAGCGUAAAACCUCCCGCAAAGCUGGCGGGGCGACAUCCAUUUGUAGAGUUGAUGUUGUUGAUGUUGUUGUUGUUGUUGUUGCUGCUGCUGAUGUUGCUGCUGCUGCUGAUGUUGCUGCUGUUGCUACUAGUGUUGUUGUUGCUGCUGCUGGUGGUGGAGUUGAUAUGAAUCUGUGGAUCUGUACAGGUGUUGUGCGCUUUCUUCUCCUGAAGCACGAAUUCGCGCUAGUUCUGUCGUGCCGUGUUGCAAAGCUGUGAAUCUGGUCGUGUGCCUCUAGCAGUAUCAUGUUUGUCGAGAAAAGAAAACAAUAAAGAAGGCUGUAUGCAUGCAUACAUUUUCUAACAGCA